UGACGAUGGAAUUACAUGAAUUCCCAGUGUUAAUAGACGAAACUAACGUGGUAACGUUACUCUUAACAAAAGAUGAUAUGGAGAGAGCAACCCAAGACUCAGCAUUUUUGCAGAACCUUGUUAGAAAGGAACAAGACGUACAUAACACUAAUAAUAUUGAACCGACAGAUGAAGUAGAAGAUUUAACUUGUGAAAAUGCCGUUGAUAAAAAUAAGUCUGAUAAGUCUAAAACAUUUGUAUGGCCGGACAAAGCGGUACUUUUAUUAAUUGAAUUGUAUAGAGAAAGAGAGGAAGAGUUUUCAAAUGGUUUUAAGCGCAGCAACAAAAUUUGGGCUGAAAUUGCUGCUGAGAUGAACAAAGUCGACCCAUUGUAUGAAGUAACAGCACAACAAUGCACAUCAAAAAUGUCUGGCUUGAAGCGGUCUUAUAAAAAUAUUGUUGACAUGAAUAAGAAGAGCGGCAACAAUAGAAAUUCAUGGGCAUUUUUUUCAGUUAUGGAUUCAUUAUUUGGCGACAAAGCGUCCAUUAGGCCUCUUGCAAUUGCCACAAGUGAUGGCCCAUCGGACCCAAAUCAAGAAGACUUGUCACCAGAGAUUUCCUCCCCUAAAUCAAAAAGUCCGCCAAAAAAGAGGAAACGAAUCGAAAAUGUUAUAGAAGAGUUUGUAAAUAAUAUUGCUGCAGAAAAGGAAACAAGGAGCGAAGAAAUAAGAAGACGAGAAGAAAACAGAGAAAAGAUACGCGAAGAAAAGAGACUAGACCGUGAAAGAAGACACAACGAGCAAAUGAACAUACAGAAGUCAUUAGUCUCUAUUUUGCAACAAUUUCUUGAUAAAAUAUAGUUUGUACUCUUCUAGGCUUGUGUAAAAAACGUGUUUUUAAAUUUUUAUUUCUUAAAGUUAAGCGUUACUAUUUAAAGCCUUGAAAGUUGUUUAUUUUAUAUUCUAUCUUAAGUAGGAAUUUUAAGUUUGGGUUUCCUUGAAGUUUAAUGUGUUCUUAAAUUUUUAUUUCUUAAAGUUAAGCGUUACUAGUUGAAGCCUCGAAAGUUGUUUAUUUUAUAUUCUAUCUUAAGUAGUAAUUUUAAGUUUGGGUUUCCUUAACGUUUAAUGUGAUAUUAUGUUAUUUUUUCUAACUUUAUGUUGUAAUUUUACGUUAUAAAAAAUGGAAGAAUAUAAGACUGAAUAAAGUAUAAUAAGAAUAAAG